UUAACACGUAACGAAUGACUACACUCCAAGUGUACGCACACAGACUUAGCGAUCCAAACUUGGCACCUCAAUUAAAAGUAACUAUCGCCAAUGAACUUAGAGAUCAAGUUGAAGUAUUUCAAACACUGGAAUAUUCUCGUUUCUUGGCAACUUUAAUACCUGUAUUUGUCGAUAUUUUACAAAAUGGAAAUCCAGUUUUCCAAAGCAACGUGCCUGAGCAAAAACUUCGCAACAUCAUAUUAGAAAUCAUUUAUCGACUACCGCAAACAGAAACAUUAAAAGAAUAUGCGCCAGAUCUGUGUCGAAUGUUGAUGCAUCUUUUGAAAGUGGAAAAUGAAGAUAAUGCUGUUGUAUGCGUUAAAAUCAUUAUUGAUUUACACAGAACAUUUCGACAUUCCCUUGAAGAUCAGGUACAACCAUUUUUGGAUACAGUGCAGGAAAUAUUCAGAAACAUGGAACAAACAGUAAAAGAUGUAUUCGAUGCUCCAAGCACUCCGAUUGGAUCUGCAACCCCUGGCCUUAAUCCAUUAUUAGCCACAUCACCGAGACCUAAUUCACCUGCUGCUGCCGAAUUACCCGAAUCACCUUCUAAACCUUUACCGAAAAGCAUGUACAGUUUCAAGGUCUUGACAGAAUGUCCUAUCAUUGUUGUUUUGCUGUUUCAAUCUCAUCGCAGAUACGGGACUGAAAAUAUCAUGAAAUUCGUACCACUGAUUUUUCAGACUUUAAGUUUGCAAGCUAAACCUCAGGCCGAGGCUGCUGCUGCUGCACAAGCUCGUGGCGAAGUGUUUGUAGGUGUUAGUCCAGAAAUCCGUAACCGAUCUGUAUAUAAUGACUUCAUCAUCGCACAAGUCAAGACAAUGUCAUUUCUCGCUUAUAUUUUGCGUAGUUAUGCAAACGCUUUACGACCAUUUCAAAAUCAGAUUCCGGAUUUUGUAUUACGACUCUUACGAGAGUGUCCACCAGAAUCUACAGCCACCAGAAAAGAGCUUUUAGUAGCAACAAGGCAUAUCCUCUCAACCGAUUUCAGAUCUUCUUUUGUUCCUAAAAUUGAUUUAUUGUUGAAUGAGAAAGUACUCAUUGGUGCUGGAGUGACAUCUCAUGACACAUUAAGACCAUUAGCCUAUAGCAUGUUGGCAGAUCUUGUUCACCAUAUUCGAUCCGAAUUAUCCCCUGCUCAGCUCUAUCGUACUGUAUACAUUUAUUCACGUAAUCUCCAUGACGCUACACUUGCACCCAGUAUACAGACAAUGUGCGGAAAACUCUUACUCAACUUGAUCGAUUGUAUUAUUAAAAUACCAAACAAAAAAGAAGGGCGUGAUUUACUAAUGCGUAUUUUGGAUGCCUUUGCAUCCAAAUUCUCUGCAUUAAACAUCCAAUUCAAAUCAUGUUUAAAGCAACAUAUCAAAAAGAACAACAAAAAUGUAGAUAAAAAUGAGAUGGAAACUGAUAAAAUAGUCGAUGACUUUGACUUUGACAAAGCAAGAUCGAUACACACGACCUCAUUCACAUUGGAUCCUCAAGAUGGUAUCAAGGAUGGUCGAUUCCUUUUCAAAAACUUGGCGAUAGGAUUGAAACCAUUAUUUAUCGGUUUACGCCAUUGUAAUCCGCCACCAACCACAGAAGUAAAUCCACAAAUAUACAUGCAAUUUGCCCGAGCAUUUUCCGAUGAUGAUAUGGAUGUAUUCAUAAGAUUAUUUAGAGAAGGCUUAAAAUGCUUCGAAUACUACAAUAUUGAUAAUUACGGGCCUGAUGGAUGCUUACCAAACGAAAAAGUGAACACUGACGAAGUCAAAGAAACUUCAAUCGGAUCCAAUGACUUAUCACUCAAGAUUGGUAGCCAGGUGGCGGCCGAAAAAGAGAUAUUGGACAUGUUUGCUAUAGUCUUUACAUUCCUGGAUCCAUCCGUAUUUCAAGAAAUCUUUGUUUCCCAAAUGAAUUUCUUUUAUGAUCGUAUGCUUAUCAACACAUCAUUAGUACAUGUUGCUCAAUACUUUCUGGUCAACGAAAUUUCAUCACAAGGGUUUGCCGGCAUUCUUUUUCGUUUCUUGAUUGAUCGCGUUGACCAUUUAGGUGAUGAUGAUAUGCAUUAUUCUGCUGUCAUGCUUCAUUUGUUUCGUCUUGCUUUUAUGGCUGUGAAUCUCUUCCCUGAUGCGAACGAAUCCAUCCUACAACCUUAUCUUGGUAAUCUUGUCACUUCCUGUUUUAAGUUAUCGGCCAAAGCAAAAGAACCAGCGAACUAUUUCUUGUUAUUACGCGCACUUUUCAAGAGCAUUGGUGGUGGACGUUAUGAACUGUUGUACAAGGAAGUCUCCCCUUUACUGCAGGUCUUGCUCGAAAAUUUGAAUUCUUUGUUAACUUUAGCACACCGUACAGAAAUGAGAAAUCUUUUUGUUGAAUUAUGUCUGGCAGUGCCUGUUCGUUUGAGUACUUUGCUUCCAUAUUUACCUUAUUUGAUGAGGCCUUUGGUGAUUGCCCUACAAGCCGAUCAUGACUUGGUUACACAAGGAUUAAGAACAAUGGAAUUAUGUAACGACAAUUUGAACCCCGAAUUUCUCGAUCAAAUUAUGGCACCAGUCAUGAAAGAAUUGAUGGAUGCUUUAUGGAGCCAUCUUCGUCCUCUACCUUAUAGUCAACAACACAGUCAUGUUGCAAUGAGAAUUCUGGGUAAACUUGGCGGUCGAAAUCGACGUAUGCUUAACAGUCCACCAGAUUUGGAAUUUGAAAAAAAGGUUGAAAGUGGUGCAUCUGUGGAGAUUUUAUUCGAUGCCAACACUACGCCCCAUAACUUACCAUUGGAUAAAUGUUUGGAAAUUGCAUGCAAUACAUUGGAAAAAUGUGAUGUCGACAUAUUUUACAAAAGACAUGCAUUUGAGUUCCUUAAAUCUAAUAUUGUAAUGAUGUUGGAAUUAGAAGAAGGCCCCAACAAUUUGGCACAAUCCUUAUAUCAGCGUGUUAAAGAUCACCUUUUGCAACAUAAAAAUGCCGACGUGGAAGAAAGCACAGCCGAUGGUAAAGCUGCCGAUAGUAACGCCAAAACAGAUUCUAAAUCUCCGGAAGAGACAACUGACAGUAUGGAUAUUGACGACAAACCAACGGUCGAGGGUGAAAGUACAAUAGUUGGUGACGCACUUGAAGAAUCUGGUUUAAAACCUAAACGAUUGACCGGAAAUGGCUAUACCAAAUAUCUCGCAAAACGUGUCGCUCAAGAAGACUCCCUGAGAACCAUGAUGGUUGCUAUCAUAAAGGCCUCGACUUUGACAGAGAUAGCAGAUGAUGCAUGGCCAUUGUUUGAAAAUAUAUGUCGCCAUUUCAUGUUGUUACAUAUUGGCGAAGCUAUUGAAGCAAAAGAAACCGGAAACAAGCCUCUGUCAGAUAUGAUGGAUGAAAGGCUAUCUGUUCAAAGCUUAAACACCACAAUCUUGGUAGACGCUAUUGUGAAGGUCAUCUCCUCCGAGGAUCCAAAGCUCAGAAAACGUGCCGAGGAGUCUAUUCAACUUUGCUUCGAAACUGCAGUCAAGGUUUUGGGUAGCAAAGACUACGCAUGGCAAUUGCCUAUAUUUCGUGUUUUUGCCUCUCAAUUUGGAUCAUGUUGUUACAAACAGGAGUGGUUUAAUAAGCGCGGCGGAUGUCUAGGAAUUUCAAUAAUCAGUUCUCAGCUUGAUAUGGGAACUAAAUGGAUGCAAGAACAUGAGCUCGAUUUCAUUCGCUCUUUGUUGUUUGUACUUAAAGACGCCUCACCCGAAAUGGCCAAUGUAAAUACUGCUGAAGCAACACAAACUUUAUCCCACGUCUUAAAGGUAUGUAAUCGUCCUGAGAAUGAUGAAUCACAAGAAGCCCAGCAAAAGUUUCAAAAUUUGAUCGCUUUACUUUUGAGUGAACUAUCCAACUCAAAUAGCGCUGUGCGUGAAACAAUUCAAUCAUCUUUUCAAUUAUUGGCGGAUCUUACUGGAAAUGAGGUUACUGAACUGUUGGCUCCCGUUAGAGAGCGUUUGGUUGCUCCUAUUUUUGCAAAACCUCUUCGUGCACUUCCUUUCGCCAUGCAAAUUGGUCAUAUAGAUGCAAUUACUUAUUGCCUCACGCUUAGACCCCCUUUCUUAGAGUUCAAUGAUGAAUUGAUUCGAUUGCUUCAUGAAGCUUUGGCUCUUGCUGAUGCUGAAGAUCAGGCUCUGGUCAGCCGUAGCUCUCAAUAUAAAAACGCUACCUCUUUGAUGAACCUUCGCAUCGUUUGUAUCAAGCUUUUGUCUGCUGCCAUGGCAUGCACAGACUUUUCUAAUCAACGUCAAUCUCAUACCCGUGCUCGCAUUAUCCAAGUAUUUUUCAAAUCACUCUAUUCCAAGGCACCCGAAGUGGUAGAAGCAGCACAUCGCGGAUUAAAACAAGUGCUAGCCCAACAACAUAAAUUACCCAAAGAGCUACUCCAACAAGGUCUUCGACCCAUUUUGACUACAUUAUCUAACCACAAGACCCUAAGUGUUGCUGGUCUUGAAGGACUUGCCCGUUUGUUAGAAUUAUUGACGAAUUAUUUCAAGGUUGAAAUUGGUAAAAAGUUGUUAGAUCAUCUAAAACAAUGGGCUGAGCCCAAGGUGCUCCAAGAGGCUGCUGGAAGAUCGUUGAGUGAAAAUCACGAGGUCAAAAUCAUUGUGGCCAUUUUAAACAUCUUCCAUUUAUUACCUGCUGCAGCACAUAUAUUUUUGGACGAUCUUGUUACUGUUGUUCUUGAAAUGGAAUCCCAUUUGCGUAGAUCAAUUUCUAGUCCGUUUAGACCCAAUCUGAUUAAAUACCUAAACCGUUAUCCAGCAGAAACCGUCGCUUAUUUUUACGAACGUCUAGAUCAAUCUGGUCACAGUAGCUUAUUUAUUGAUAUCCUUAAUACAGAAAACGCUGUUCAAAUUCGUGAUGAAGUAGCCAAGUCACCCAAGGAAUUGAUUGAAAAGACGUUUAACGUUGCGGAUAAUCAAGCUUUACAUUAUCAAGGUGUUCUGAUUGUCCGUGAAAUUGUUGGCUAUGAUUCAAACUGGUUGGUUGGCCAACCUGAUGUUCUCGAAUCCCUCUUAUCCUUGUGGAGAUCACCUACAAGGUUUGAAACAAUGAAGAAAGAUGACGAUCAAGGUUUGCAAGUGACCCAUGAAUCGUUGUAUAUUUCCCAAAUUUUUAUAUCUUAUCUUCGUGAGAACCCGGAUAACAUUGAGGUAAUUUUUGAAGUUGUGGCACUCUUUGGACAAGAAUCUGUUAUGGACCUUUCGUACCUUCGCGAAUUCUUCUUAAAUGAUAUCGCUUUGAAUUAUACGGCUAAAAGAAAGCGUCUUAUCAUUGAAAAGUUCCUUCAGCAAUUUAACGAUUCUUCUAUUUCGUCCUAUUUAAGGAUGAUGACACUUCGCCAUUUCAUUAACCCCGCUUUGUUGGUAUCGAUCACGCAAAAGGAUGGUGAUUAUGCAGAGAUCCUGGACCCAAAUAUCAUGGAGCAACUGGAUAAUAAGAUUUGGGCUCAUCUUGGCUCCGACCCUGCCGAAGAGGAUCAAUAUGCUGAAGAUUCGCUACGUAUUGAACUGCUUCAACUCACAGCUAUGAUUGUUCAAUAUGCGCCUCAACUUUUAACUGAUUUAAGAAAGGAGAUUAUCAAAUUUGGUUGGAAUUAUCUUCGACUCGAAGAUGCUACCUGUAAACAAGCCGCUUAUGUCUUGAUAGCUCGAUUUAUCACUGCCUUUGAUACACCCAGUAAGAUUGUCAUUCAAAUUUACGCUGCACUUUUACGUGCUCAUUUAUCUGAAGCCCGUAUUUUGGUGAAACAAGGCUUAGAUAUAAUUGCACCUGUACUUCCUAAACGUGUACCUGUUACUGGCUCUGAAAGGGUGCCCACUUGGGUCCGUUUGACUCGUAAAGUCGUUGUUGAAGAUACACACAGUAUCUCUCAAAUGGUUAAUGUAUACCAGCUCUUAGUACGUCAACCCGACCUAUUUUACGAUUAUCGAGAACACUUUUUACCUCAAAUCGUCAACGCUUUGCCUAAGCUUGGUUUGCUUCAAAACGCUACACCCGAAAACAAAUUAUUGACAGUGGAAUUAACAGAAUUAAUAUUCAAGUGGGAACAAACACGCUUGAAAAACCAACCUGUAAAGGAAGACGAAAGCCUUUCUCCUCCUGCCAAGAGGCCAUCUGAUGCCACUCCUGAAAAUCCCAAGAAAAGGGCAAAGGCCGAGGGUACGGACGGUGAAGUCAAGGGAUCUCCUGCUACAGCAGAGUCUGGCAAAGAAUUUGUACCCGCCCUAACUUUGCGGGAAAACACUAUUGGAUAUCUCGUCCGUCUUGCUUGCAGCGUCUACAAUCCUUCUGAUUUGAUCCAAAGAAGACUUGUUCAACGUAUUUUAGACCUUAUCAAAAGAUUUCUCGAUCCUGGAAUCUGGCCUGAUGUACAUGUCAAAUUUGCCCAUUUGGAACGCACUUUGACUGUAAAGGAGAUGAGCGAAAUUCUUAUUUCAAGCGUAUGUAGUGCACUGGAGAUAUUGAAUAUAGAUAUUGCACAUAAGCCUUCUGAAUGGUUUAUUGUCAACAUGAAUCAGCUCUUCCGUCUUUUGGAAACCAGCAUCAAGUCAGAUAAUAUCCGCAUUCAUACCGCUCUUCAGCCUGUCUUGUCGCAUAUUUUCCAUGCUAUUCAACAAACAACAAACUCAGAUAAUAGAGAAGAAAUUCAGCAUCCCGAUGUCGCUGCUUUUGUAUCUCUCAUUGACUCUACAAUCACUGACGGUAUGGCUAGUAUGAAUAACAUCUAUGCUGUAUUGAAAUUAUUGCAGGCUGCAAGCAGUAGCAGAAGCGAGCAACUAGAUCCAUUUGUGCCUGGUAUUGUUAAGGUGUUGCAAAAACUUACCAAAGAACACAUAAGUAUUGCUGUUGUGGCGACCUCUGGACAUGAUUCACAAGUAAAUCUCUUGAUUCUCGGCUUAAAUCUUUUGAAGAAGAGAAUAUCGCACUUGGGAGAUCAACGUCGUUGGUUCUUAACCUGUCUAAUUCAACUAAUUGAAAAGUCGCCAGAUGUACAAUUAUUGCAUGCCAUUUUAGACAUGCUCACAGAAUGGACUUUAGGAAAGACAGAAACCUUCCCAACCGUUAAAGAGAAAGCUGGUCUUUUGGUCAAAAUGAUGACACUUGAAAAUAGAAAUAAUGCGCGUCUUACUGAAGAUUUUCUUGAUUUGGUCCUCAAGAUUUACAGUAACCCCUCUUUUGCUCGAUCAGAACUGACGGUUCGCCUCGAACAAGCAUUUUUGAUGGGUACACGAUCUGAGAAUCCCCAAAUCCGUAGCCAGUUUAUGCGUGUUUUUGAUCGUAGUAUUAGUCGAACUUUAUAUACUCGUCUUAAUUAUAUUAUGGGUGUUCAAAAUUGGGACUCUCUCUCGAAUACUUUCUGGAUUCAUCAAGCCUUAGAUAUGUUGCUUGGGGCAGUCAAAGUUAAUCCCCAAACAACCGCACCACAUACACUUAGAAUCAAAUCAAUUAAAUCUAUUGGUAACCAACAGUUGGAGCCAACUGAGAUAGAUGUCCCAAUUGAACUUACUGAAGUUAUCCAAACCCACCAGGCAUUUUUGAAAGAUUUACAAGAAUUGGACAUCAACAACUCAAUUACUAAUGCACGAUAUCUUCAAUAUUUGGACGAUGAUGCUGCUCUUAAGCUGUGGGUUGAUCUCUUUCCCAUGUGCUGGUCUGUAUUAUCUAGUGCCGAGAAGCGUGACAUGGACAAAGUUAUGAUUAAUUUGCUUGCCAAAGACUACCACAACAAACAAGCCGAAUUACGCCCAAACGUAAUCCAAGCCUUAUUAACAGGUAUUGCUAAAACAGCUGAUGAGAUACGACUCCCUCCUCAUUUAGUCAAAUAUCUCGGUAAGACACACAAUGCCUGGCACACAUCAAUUGAAAUUUUACAACGAUCUGCAAUGAACGGUCGUAUCGUCGAUUCAUCAAAAGAAGAACAAAAUAACCGAGAACGUGUUCUGGACUCUCUAGCUGAUUUGUAUGCUAGUCUAGAUGAGAAUGACAUGUUUUAUGGUCUAUGGAGACGCCGCAGCAUUUAUGCUGAAACUAAUAUGGCUGUAUCCUGCGAGCAGAAUGGUAUGUGGUCUGAGGCACAGACGAUGUUUGAAAAUGCCCAAUUAAAGGCUCGCAACGGCGUACUCUCUUUUUCUGAAUCUGAAUACAAUCUUUGGGAAGAUCACUGGGUUGCUUGCUCUCAAAAGCUACAGCAAUGGGAUAUUCUUGCUGACCUUGCUAAACAUGACGGCAACACCAAUCUAUUGUUGGAUUGUGCUUGGAGAUUGUCAGAUUGGGCCGCUGAACGUGAAGGAUUGGAGCAAUAUGUGGUGCAAGUAUCUGAAACACCUACACCUCGUCUCAAGGCUUUUGAGGCUUUUUUGGCAUUGAUAAAGUCUCAGACUACAGAUGACCGCCUCGUCGAGUUCACGCGCAUUUGUGAAGAAGGUGUACAAUUAUCGCUUCAAAAAUGGUAUGCUUUGCCUCAUAUUGUGUCCCAGAGUCAUUUACCACUGUUACACAUAUUCCAACAAUAUCUUGAAUUACAUGAAGCAAGUCAAAUUUUCAACAGUUUAGUUAGUACGAAUGCUCAAAACCUCGAACAGCGAUCCAGUGAAAUUCGCAGUAUUUUGGGUACAUGGCGGGAACGUUUGCCGAAUACCUGGGACGAUAUUAAUAUGUGGAGUGAUACAGUUGCAUGGCGUCAACAUGUAUUCAGUGCUAUCAACCGCACUUACUUACCUCUAAUUCCCAUGCUUCCGAAUCAAAUAACACCCGGAAAUCCUCAAAGUGCUAACUCAUUUGCUUACCGUGGAUAUCAUGAAACAGCCUGGAUUAUCAACCGUUUUGCUCAUGUUGCUAGAAAGCACCAUUUGAAUGAAGUCUGUCUCAAUUACUUGACAAAAAUAUAUACAUUACCUAACAUUGAAAUUAACGAAGCAUUUUUGAAAUUGCGCGAGCAAGCUAAAUGUUACUAUCAAGAAACGAGCGAACUUACCGCUGGGUUAGAUGUGAUUACCAAUACUAAUUUGUCGUACUUUAGUCUUCAACAAAAAGCCGAAUUUUUCACAUUGAAAGGUCAAUUUCUUGCAAAGCUCAAUCAAUGUAAUGAGGCUAAUGAAGCCUUUGUAAAUGCUGUUCAAAUUGAUUUAUCGUUACCAAGAGCCUGGGCAGAAUGGGGUAGAUACAAUGAUGGGCGAUUCAAAGAACUGCCAACCGAUUUAAGCUGGGCCAACAACGCAGUUAGUUGCUACUUACAGGCUGCUGGAAUUUAUAAAAACUCAAAGGCGAGAAAAUAUCUCUUGCGAGUCCUCUGGCUUCUUAGUUUGGAUGAUCAAGUUGGCACUAUAUCUCGUGCUUUUGAAGGUUAUAAAGGUGAAUGGCCUGUUUGGUAUUGGAUUACAUUUAUCCCCCAACUUUUGAUGGGUUUACAGCAAAGAGAAGCGAAACAUGCUCGGGCUAUUCUUAUUCGCAUUGCUAAACAAUACCCUCAAGCGUUACAUUUCCAACUUCGGACUGCAAAAGAAGAUAUGUUAAAACGAAUCAAUCCUGCCAGUACAGCUGAUCCCAAGAAAACGGAUAACGCUGUAACUAUUUCUGGCGAUAGUUCGACUCCUGCCGUUCCAUCUGAGGAAAAAGCAAAGAACGAAGCUAAAGAUGACUCUAUGGAUAUUGAUACUGGCUCAAAUGAAAAGAUUAACGGAGCUGAAUCUAAGGUUCAGGAUAAAAAUGAAAAUGCAACUGAUGUACCCAUCAAGAUAGAGGGAAAUCUGAAUACGAACAACCCUAAGGGAAUCAACCUCAAUAAUACAGAUGAUGUCAAGACCGAAGUCGAUACCAAAUCCUCCGAAGACGCAUCUUCUGCUAAGCCUAAGCCUCCUCCUCCUGUGACAACUGGUGCUGUUAUGGCUGCUGCUACGGCUGAUUUCAAGGGAGCCGGAACACCUGGUACACCUACAGGGACCGUAGCGCAUCCUUUGGAUGAAAUAAUGGCAAUGUUAAAGACUGGAUAUCCAUUGCUUGCUUUAUCCAUGGAAACCAUGGUCGAUCAAAUACAGUUGAAGUUCAAACCUCAAGCGGACGAAGAUAUGUACCGCCUUGUUGUAGCUUUAUAUAAUGAAGGAGCGCAACAAUUACUAUCCAGAUUAAUGAGCCCGACAGACACACUUCAAUUGACUCAUGCAACUAUUGGAAAUAUUGCUCGAUUUGCCGAUAGCUUAUAUCCAGGACACAUGAAAACAGCAUUUGUGCAUGACUUUGCCACUACAAAACUCAAUUUGGAAGAAUACGUGGCCAAAUUGAGGUUGUGGAGAGACAAGUUUGAGGCUAUGCUGGAUGCUAGACCCCGUAAACAGAAACUCGAAGCAUGUAGUCACUACUUGGUAGAAUUCCAGCACCAAAAGUUCGAUGAUGUAGAAAUUCCUGGACAGUACUUAUUGCUUAAUGAUAAUGCUAACGACUUUCUACGCAUUGAUCGUUUCUUACCUGAAGUAGAGGUUAUCCGCAGUUAUGGAAAUUGCUUCCGUAGAUUAACAAUCCGAGGACAUGAUGGCAGUCUUCAUCCGUUCGUAAUCCAGAACCCUGCUGCUCGACAAUUCCGCCGUGAAGAAAGAUUAAUGCAGUUGUUCCGAAUUUUAAAUAGUGUUUUGGAACGCAAAAAGGAAAGCCGUAUGCGUAAUCUUCGUUUCCAUUUACCUGCAAUUGUACCUUUGGCGCCCAAUGUCCGUAUGGUUCAGGAUGAUCCCUCGUAUUGCACAUUGUAUGAUAUCUAUGAAGACCAUUGUGAUAAUUCCAAUAUUCAUAAGGACGACCCUCUUGCGUUCUUUGUUGAGAAAUUGAAGAAUAGUGUAAGCAAGAACACAGAUGUCAUGAACUUGAAGACCGAACUGCUGAAUCUUCGCAUGGAAAUUAAUGAAGAAAUUGCAAAAAAAUUGGUUCCUUCUAACAUCUUAAGCAAGUAUAUGUUACGUACCCUUGGUUCAUACACAGAUUACUGGAUGCAUCGUAAACAAUUUAUCGCCCAAUAUGCAACUGCUACAUUUAUGUCAUAUCUGUUCAGUGUUGGCCAUCGUACCCCUCAUAAGAUUACUCUCUCUCGCAAAAAUGGUAAUAUCUGGAUGACUGAAUUAUUACCUGGAUGGAACCAAUCGACACCUUUACUUGGUAACGGAGAAUCGGUUCCGUUUAGAUUCACACCCAACAUUCAAGAGUAUAUUACUCCUGUGGGUAUCGAAGGUCUAUUUACAAGUUGUUUACUGGCUACUGCUCGUAGUCUAACGGAGCCAGAACUUGAAUUAGAUCAAUACCUCAGUCUUUUCAUACGCGAUGAAUUAAUAACAUGGCAUAUGUCUAAUCAUCGGUCUGUUACAGAUGUUCAAUUCCGCGACAGAGUACAAACAAAUGUGCUUCAAGUAAUGACAAAGGCUCAAUUCUUAUCUUGCAAAACAGAUCGUGAAAAUACCAAUACAGAUAAACCUGUGAGUCAAAACGUGAUUGAUCUUAUUUCUCAAGCAAGUAAUCCUCAAAAAAUGGCACAAAUGGAAUGUACUUGGAUGCCUUGGUUGUAACUAGUUUUACUUUAAAAACUAUAUUACUAAUAAAAUAUUAUCAAUAACAAGCGUUCUU